AUGCAAGCAUUUAUAUCCAAACUCAGACCCAGCAACCCAGCCCUGCACCGCAGCAGAGCAGGCUUUUGCAGAACAAACAAGAGUGCGGAGGCUGAAAAGUCUUCCCUUGGUGGUCUGAAAGUAGGAAGGAGAUUGAAGUCGUACGGGUUCUUGUACGGAAUCUCUCUUUUGCUUUAUUUAAAAGUUAGCGAGGUGUCAGUCAAGAAUAAAAAUGAAGCCUUUAAACUCCGCUGAAAGCUGCCCAACAAUCUAUAUAGUUACAUCUUAAAUUUGGAGAGGCAUAAGCAAAUCAAGAAAAACUUUGAGUACGGAGACUUAUCUCUUGACCAACUUGAGGACCUGAAAGAUUUCUCUCAGAAAAGAAUUAAUGCAAUAUCAGAGCUGUGAAAUCCUUACUUGAACCUGGCAGUGGUGGUCAGUCCAUUAGCAAUGUUUUGCCAUUGGAGGUUCUUCAGGAAUUUGUAUGGAAAGAUGCCUCUAGGACCGAGAAGAGUCUUAUUUUUAUUCCAAUUUCUGUAUAUAUUUACUUUUUUUGACAGAUAUGACUCAUGGGUGCUAACUUCUAUGUAUACAAAUGAAGUAAUUAAGAAUUGUGAAGAAGAGAUGAAAAAGAGAGCUUAA